GGUGUAGCUGGUGGUGGUGCAAUAGUGCAAUCCGUCGGCGGAACAAACCAACAACCCCGCAGAAAUGUUGGGACUACCGUGUCGUCGGUCGCUAACGACUGUUCUUCGAUCGUUUUGCAGUACAUCAUCAUCGGCCAAUUUCGGUAGUCGCGUGCGAAUCCCGGAAGUCAGCGCAGUAACUACAACCCGACAUCCGUCACGCUGCGAUCGUUCGCAGAUUCUUCUUCCUACAGCAAUAUCGGUCAGUUGCGGUCGAUUUUACUCGACCCCUAUCAUCCAGGAAGGUUUCGUGGACGACUUUGACAUGGCUCCGAGAUUCGAGCGAGAAGACUACAAGAAGGAACCGUACCACGGUGUGAAGCGUACCGGUACCGAGUUCAAGCGUGGAACCGGUUCGCGUAGUGGUGGUGGUGGUGGUUACGGUGGAAGUGGCGGGGCCAACGGAUAUGGCGGUGGCGGCGGUAGCCGCUUCGGCGGAGGUGGUGGUGGCGGCGGGCGUCGUGACAAGUGGGCGGAUGCUGGUACGUUCCAGAAGAUCGACUGGAGCAAGAUGACGCUGGCACCGUUUAAGAAAGAUUUCUACCGCGAGCAUUCGAUCGUACGCAAUCGUUCGCAGAAGGACGUGGAUCGAUUCCUGGCCAAGCAUGAUAUCACACUAGUCGGUCAGUGUCCGAAACCGAUCACCGAGUUCGACGAGAUCGACAUUCCCGACUACGUAAUGCGCGAGAUUGAAAAGCAAGCCUACAAGACCCCGACACCGAUCCAGGCGCAAGGAUGGCCGAUCGCACUCAGCGGACUGAACAUGGUCGGUGUCGCGAAGACCGGUUCUGGCAAAACGCUCGGCUACAUGCUGCCGGCCAUCGUGCACAUUAAUCAUCAAAAGCCCGACCCGUCCGUGCGUGGACCGCUGGUUCUCGUUCUCGCGCCGACCCGUGAGCUUGCGCAGCAGAUUCAACAGGUCGCAACGGAUUUCGGUUCAUCGUCGUACAUUCGCAACACGUGUCUGUUCGGUGGUUCCAGCAAGGGACCGCAGGCUUCGGAUCUCCGCCGUGGUGUUGAGAUCGUCAUCGCUACGCCCGGUCGGUUGAUUGAUUUCCUCGAAUCUGGCACCACUACACUGCAGCGCGUCACGUACCUGGUAUUGGACGAAGCUGACCGUAUGUUGGACAUGGGUUUCGAGCCACAAAUCAGAAAGAUUCUCGAACAUGUGCGACCGGACCGUCAAAUUCUGAUGUGGUCCGCCACUUGGCCGAAGGAGGUACAGCGUUUGGCACGCGAUUUCCUCGGGGACUACGUGCAGAUCAACGUCGGUUCGUUGGAGCUUUCCGCGAAUCACAACAUUACCCAACACGUCCGUGUUGUUGAGGAAAAGGAUAAAAAUGAAGAACUUGGCAACCUUCUGGAGGAACUGUACCGUGGUGGAAACCCUGGUAAAAUUCUUAUCUUCACCACUACCAAGCGCCGGUGUGAUCAGAUAAGUAUGCAAAUCCGUCGUUAUGGUUACGACGCGGUGGGAAUGCAUGGCGACAAAUCACAGCAGGAACGUGAGCGUGCCCUGAACCGUUUCCGUAAUGCACGUUCCUGCAUACUGGUGGCAACGGAUGUGGCUGCACGUGGCUUAGAUGUUGACGGUAUCAAGGUGGUCAUCAACUACGACUACCCGCAGCAAACGGAAGAUUACGUGCAUCGUAUUGGACGUACCGGACGGUCGAACGCUACUGGCGAAGCGUAUACCUUCUUCACAUUGGCCGAGCGCAAAAUGGCCAAGGAGCUGAUCGCCAUCCUGGAGGAAGCUCAUCAAAGCGUGCCACCAGAGUUGUUGAAGUGGCGCAACUCGUGGGGCGGUGGUGGCGGCGGCAAUCGCUUCAGCCGAUUCGGAACAUUCCGCGGUGGACGCGAAUAUGGUGGCGGUGGCGGUUAUGGUGGUGGUAACCGGUUCGGAGGUGGUGGUGGCGGCGGUGACUACCGAAACGGAGGAUCGUCGAUGGGUGCGAAGCGGCCGUACGAUAGUGGCAACAGCUACGGUGGUGGCAGCAGUGGCAGUUACUCGAAUGGUUAUGGCGCUGCCAGCAGUAGUUCGAGUGCGUACGAUGGGCGAAAGCACACCCGGUUCGAUGAAUAAGGAAUACGGAUGAAGGAACAAAUGUGUGUCCCGUGUGUGUAGAGUACGAGUGCAGUACAGCGUACCACGCAGUCAGUACAAGAUCAUAGGAUUUUUUUUUUCAGCGUACAAGAGAAGAAUCAUGAAUCUGUGUAGUGCAUUCGCGUCUGCACGUAAUUCCUUACGAUAGAAACUUAAGACCCAAAUUAGACACCUUCCUCACUACUUAUAUUCCUUGAUACCGUAAAUGGUGUGACCCCUUUUACGUUGGUCGUGUCACGUCUUGUAUCUUUAGUUACAUUUUAACCACACACACCCCACCUACGUUACAAGUGUUUGUCUCCUAUACAUUGAAUAGUUUAGUAAAACGCACUCUACAUAUUAUGUACGGUGGUAGAAAUUUAGAGGACAGGGACGCUCUGAACUCUCUGAAAACUACUGCUUCUCUACGUUAAGGUGUGGAUCCGUUGAUCCAAGCCCCCGUACCACCAACGAACGCGUAUCGUAAUCUUUUAUCAUUUUUUACGCGGCACAUUGAUGAAUCGCGUGUGAAACAGGAGGACGAAUUUUCACAGCUGUUCACAGCACCAUAAAAGAAAAGUAAAAAGCGUCAUAUAAAUCAUUUAAAUGUGUCUCAUCGGUAUUGUGUACUAUCCAGGUUAAAUUUAUAACGUACAGAAGAAAAAAAAAAGCAUAUUUAGAACUAUUAUUACUUUCUCUCAGGCAAGCAAAGGUAAAGUAGACCAUCAAUUGAAAAAUAAUUCAGCUCAGUGCGGAAUCGUGGGUAUUUCUCUAAUAUUAACAUUUGUUUUUUAAAUGCGCCACCUAGCCAGCCAAGCCAUCAUGAAGCAUGCAUGCGAAGGGGUUUUUUUUUUUUGUUUGUAAUUGUAAUUUUCUUAUAUUACUCUGUGAUAAAUGACAAACGUGUUAGCUCUCACACCAUAAUACACCAAGAAAGCGGACACAUUUAUGGCAGUGGUUGUACGCGCGGGCCACCUACGCAAUUCGUCCUGCGGGGCACGAUUUUGAGGAUAAUGGUGCUUCCAACAGUGUACCACAACCACCAAUGCUGGGGCGCGCUCGCCUUCUCUGUCCAUUAAUUGGAGAUGGGGGAGUGAGUUUAGAUAGCAUGACCGUAUGGAUCGGCGGGACAGAUUUGCGUUUAUUACAUAGAACAAAAAGCGAUCUUUUAUGUGCUGUAACUAUAAUAUGGCUAACUUUUGCACACACGCGGCUUCUCGCAAAAUCCACGUUUUCUCUGGAUCUUUGACCUCUCUCGGACAAGAAUAGUAUCUUAUUUACGAAGAUAUGCGUUGUAGGGGCAUGAACGGUUGGUUAAAGGUUUUUCUCUACCAGUUAGCGAAUGCCUGCCUAUAGAGAAGGUAUUUAACGGAAGGGUGAUACACUAGAAGCAAUAGCUUCUAGAGCCCACGGUCAUGUGAGAGAAAGGGAAACGUCGUUUAAAAGUUCUUUACUUUGUAUCGAUCCCCUCCCCCUAAACACCAUCAUCGUCUGCGCAUAAUGAAAAAGUCGGAGUUCCCCGCCACCGGGAAUGAAACAUGUCCAACAAACAAACAGAAAAAGAUAAAAAAUAAAGAUAUUUUAAUUUUUAAACACUAAA